CGCACCAGACAGUGAAUAUUAAUUUCAGGGUUAGCCAACACACCAUUUUGAAUCUGUGCUCAAAAGCCAGCUAGCUAGCUUACAUUAGCAUUUACAGUGUGCUAGUAGUGCUGCUAGAGAGAAGAAAUCAAGCUCCAGCAAUGUCAAUGUGGAAGGGACUGCACAUGACAGCGCGUGCCGCUCAUGGAAUUCAUGUUUCCUCGCGAUUUAUCCAUAAACACACGCGACUCUGCACCCGAAACAUCAGCACUAGUAGACCUGUGCAAAAUGAUUUCUUCAAAGAUCUCGAGAACCAGUUCAAAGCGUUCAGGGAGAAAGCGGCAGACGCCAUGCCUGGCAGUGACUGGACUCCGUUUGAGAAGAACUCCUCACUCCCCCCUGAGAGGGCAGACAUCGUGAUCGUAGGAGGUGGCGUGGUGGGCUGGUCCAUUGCCUAUUGGCUGAAGCAGAAAGAGAUGAUUCGGGACGGGGUGCGGGUGCUGGUGGUUGAGAGGGACCCCACUUACUCCCAGGCCUCCACGGUGCUGUCUGCUGGGGGGAUUCGACAGCAGUUCUCCUUGCCAGAGAACAUCCACCUGUCCAUGGCCUCGGCUGACUUCAUGAGGAACAUCAAUGAACACUUGAGUGUGCUGAAUGACGACCCCGUGGACCUGCAGUUUAACCACUCCGGAUAUCUUUUUCUGGCCAGUGAAAAAGUGGCUCAUAUCAUGGAAGAAAACUACAGCACCCAAAGGUAUGCUGGAGCAAAAGUCUCUCUUCUUUCACCUACACAACUAAAGGAGAAAUGUCCAUGGAUCAACACUGAUGGAGUAGUGCUGGCUUCAUAUGGGCUGGAGAACGAGGGCUGGUUCGACCCCUGGAUGCUGUUGAACGCUUUCAGACGGAAGGCCAUCUCCAUGGGGGUCUACCAGUGCUUUGGAGAAGUCACAGGUUUUAGUUACACCACAAACACAAUGACUACUGCAGAAGGAGACAAGGUGGAUUUCAGGAGAAUCAAAUAUGCUAAUGUCCAGAUGCCCAACAGUCUGGAGUACCAGCCUGUGGAGUGUGCCAUCGUGGUGAACGCUGCAGGGGCACUCUCCGGUAAGGUGGCAGAGAUGAUGGGCAUCGGGCUCGGCCCGAAAGACACCAUCGCUGGAAUCCCGCUACCCGUGGAGCCCAGGAAAAGGUUCAUCUAUGUGGUCCACUGUCCAAACGGGCCAGGGCUGGACACUCCCUUCCUCGUAGACUACUCUGGAGUGUACUUCAGACGAGAGGGGCUGGGAGGAAACUACAUUGCUGGGAUGUCACCAGAAGAGGAAGAGGAGCCAGAGACCAAUAACCUGGAGGUGGACCACCAGUUCUUCCAGAACAUCUGGCCUCACCUGGCCCACCGGGUCCCUGCCUUUGAGUGCCUCAAGGUGAAGAGCGCAUGGGCCGGCUUCUACGACUACAACACCUUUGACCAGAACGGCAUCGUGGGCAUGCACCCGCUGGUCAACAACAUGUUCUUUGCCACAGGCUUCAGUGGGCACGGGCUGCAGCACUCGCCGGCAGUAGGUCGCGCCAUGGCCGAACUCAUCCUGGACGGGGGCUUCAAGACCCUGGACCUGAGCGCCUUCAGCUUCAAACGCAUCAUGACCAAGGAACCCAUAUUAGAGAGGAACAUUGUCUGAGAGGGAGAUUCUAAUAUUUUUACGAAGGAAAGAGUGGAAAGAGGAAUGCCUUGUCCCAUUCUACAGUCUUGUGGGAAAUAUGGUCUCGAAAUAAGAGUUUGUCAAAGUUUCUGGUAAGGUGAAUGGUGUCCUAUUAAUUUCUUCACUAAAGUGCAUGAGGGAGUAACUGCACAUUUCACAAGCUCAAUUCUGUGGUCUACCGGUGAGACCACAUGGCAGCGGCCUCAGCCAAAGUGCUUUGCACUUAAACACAGUCACCCAUUGCUUUGGGAGUGCUCAGAACUCCGACCGCAAGACUGAAUGGGAAAAAAUGGGAUGUGUCAGAAAUGCAUCUCAGGAACGAGUGAGGGACUUUGUGGGAUGAGGAAGAGAAGAGGGUAGAAGAAAGAGCCUUGACAGCAAACAUGGACUUCUGAAGUAAGCAUGGAAUUUAGGAUGCCUAAUAUCUAACCUACUGUACAAAGAAUAAGGUACUGACAUACUAUGCGUUAGCACAAUUAGAAAGGCUUUUAGUUGGAUAUUGGAGUAAUUUCCAUUCCUCCGAUGGUAAACCUGUAUUGAAUGGCUUGAUUAUGCAUCUUUUUUAUUUUAUUUAACCAUUUAACCUAGACAUGUCACUUUACUCUUGAUCACGUAAGCAUUCAACUGUAUUUGUAUAAGAAAAAGUGAAGUUGGAAGUUUACAUACACCUUAGCCAAAUACAUUUAAUCCUCGUAAAAAUUCCCUGUUUUAGGUCAGUUAGAAUCACCACUUUAUUUUAAGAAUGUGAACUGUCAGAAUAAUAGGAGAGUGACUUACUUCAGCUUUUA